GUGUCACAUGGUUAUUAUAGGACCAUAGAAAUCAGAUAAAAGUUAUCAUGAGGUGAAUCAGUCUGAUUUACCACCUUGUUGUUAGACUUCAUAUCUYCACYUGUCCCAGUUAWCACCAGGUCAUGGUUMAAGAGGACAGGAUAUAAAGGGGACAACUGAGACUCCAAAAUAACAMCAGAAAUAACCACAAGAAGAGGACAUCAUCAUCCAGGAAUGAGAAUGAAGAGUGUUGUAUCUCUGCUGGUGUUGCUGCACUGCUGUCUGUCUGGAGCCCAGGUCCACAAAGACAGAGAUGGAGUCAGUGUGAAUGAGAUCCAGCAGGUUGACUAUGAGGACAGAGAGAGCAGAGGGAAUGACAUUCAGACMGACKAACAGAGAGCUGAAGCUGCAUUAACACACAGCCAGCAAACCUGCCAGCCUGACAUCCACACUGUGCUGAGAGAGAUGAGCACCAUGAUGGCAGAGCAGAGAGUUGAGCUGAGACACACAAAGACUGAACUGGGAGCCAUGGAGGACCGACUGAGAGCCAGUGAGAGUCGACUGACAGACAGUGAGAGACAGGUGGAGGAACUGACCAAUAGGAAUGAAGCACAAGCAGUGAAACUAAACUCCAUGGAGACUCGUUCUGACAUCACUGAGAGACACGUUGAAGUUCUGAAGAGAAACAGUCAAGACAGGAAGGUGGCUUUCUCAGCCUCACUAGCACCACCUGGUCAACAUGGACACAUUGGACCCUUCAACACUGGAAUCACCCUGGUCUACAGAAAUAUCUACUCAAACAUUGGCAAUGCUUAUAACCCCACUACAGGGAUCUUCACAGCACCAGUGAGAGGACUCUACCUCUUCAGGUUUUACAUCUUUGGACACGGUGACAGUUCAGUUUAUACCACUGCCGUCUUGCAUAAGAAUGGACACCAUAUAGCUGUUGCACAUGGUAUACAAGCUAGUGGUGAUAUUAAUUCCUCCAAUGGAGUGUCACUGCUGCUGGAGGUAGGAGAUGUGGUCUACAUGCAUCUCUGGGCUGGUAGAAAGAUAUUUGAUGAUGAAAAUCGCCACAGCACCUUCAGUGGUCACCUGCUUUUCACCAUGUAGGAGGAUUAUUGAAGGACUGUAUCAGUUAUCUGUACAGGAAAAUAUUCUGACAUUUUAACAACAUUGUGUUAGCGUUGAAAGUUCUCCAUUUGCUCUCUAACAGGUCAAACUAAGGUAGUUCUCAAGGAGAAAAGUAGGUGAAAUAUACACAAUAUAAAAAUACAUAUCGUAUUCAAGUUUUCAAAAUUGAAAAAUAAUAACAAAUGAUAUACUCAGAAUGAAAAUAUUAAUGUCAUGUAAAUAUUAUACUGUCCACUAAGACUUAUUUAAUUAAUGUAUAGAUGUUGACCCCCCCUCCCACUAGUAAAUUGAAGACUAGUAAACAUUGUGUUGAGUAUUAUUUAAUAAAGUGUUUAUCAAAAGAAUGA